CGGGAGAGAGGAACGGAAGAAAUGGCAAAUCUUCAAGGAAUAUUCCAGGAGUUCAACGCGAGCAAGUUCGUCGUGUUCAGCUCCUUCCUCGGGUUCUCCCUCCUCCUCACCCUCAAGCUAGACAAAAAUAUCGACUGGUCCUGGUGGUCUAUCUUUAUCCCGCUCUGGAUAUGGAAGGGAAUUGCAAUCAGUGGAGCCCUAGUAGGUUCCUACGUAUGGUGGAGAACUCCUCAAUCACGUAUACUCUCGGAGGAAUAUGUUCAGUACAAAGCUAUGCUCAUAUCCCUGGCAGUUCAUCUUCUCCUUCUCAUGUUUGAACUCCUGGUAGCAGAUAAUCUACAGUCAGGGCGCCAUCUCUGGAUACUGGUUUUUAUCCCGCUGGUGUUUGUGAGUAUAAUCUCUGUUGGUAUCUGUGUCUGGAGUGUGAGACAUGAUCGAUCCUUUCAACUUGAACUCUUCUGUGCGGUCAACAGUCUUCAGUUCGUCUUUCUAGCACUUAAACUGGACGGUAUACUGAAAUGGUCCUGGGAGGUGACGUUUAUUCCCCUGUGGAUAGUCCUGUGCAUCUCUCUGGUGGGGGUCCUCUACACCAUCAUCUUCGCCGGGAUCCUCCUUAGGAUGCCGGAGGUGAACGCUGACCAGCGCAGAUCAUCAACAAACUCAGCUCUAGGUUACAGUUUCUUAGUCGUGCCUUUACUAGUUUACUUGGUUCUGUUGACCAAUAAACUGGACAAAACAGUGAAGAUCUCUUACUUCGCGGCCACCUCCCCCCUCUUCCUCACCUUCUUCACCCUCAUCAUCACCUCAUUCGGUACCAGGGGAGGUAGGCAAACAAUAUUAUUUUUGAUUUUCUUAUGAUAUAAUAUACAUAUA